UUUUUUUUCCUUCCCCCCCCCCCCCCGUUUCUGUCCACGAUGCCCCGCGUCCCUUGCGUGAAAGCCGACACCUUCUACGAGCCUCUGACCGAGGACGUGGAGGCUCUCCUCGGGCGCUUCCAGCAGACCGACUCGAUCCGCCUGGAGCGCUUCACGGCCCUGUGGAGGGACGCCCGCUUCUCGGACGUCUUCCUGGGCCUCCCCGGCAAGAGUGAGAUGAGGCGGUUCUGCCGGGUGAGCCUGGCCACGGCAGUCAAGUACUUCCUACCGCCUUACUGCUACCAGGUUCGGGUCGGGGGUCUGUACCUGAUGCACGCCUUCUACCACACGCAGCUCGCCGUUCCUCCGGUGCGGAUCCGCCUGUCUCUGCGGGACCGGGACGACGUGGAGAAAUUCUUGCGGGAUUCUGCCGCCUACGGCCACCUGGACGUGCUUUAUGUCUACCGGAAGCUGCUCUCCGUCAAGGCGGUGGACUUCACCGCCAUGCCGCAUUCGCUCGUCUUCCAGCGACCGAAGAAGGACGCGAGCCAGAAGGUGUCCGCCGCCAUGCUGGCCAGGACCACCGCGGUCAAGGAGCUCCUCGCGGACGACUACUUGGAGGAGGUCGCCAACGUCCACAGUCACUACCGCAAGAUGAAAAACGACUUGGCGGAGGUCCGCCUCCAGGCCACCAUGACCCAUGCAGACUUUGCCUCCCUCCUUAAAGACACUUUGAGUGAGUUCCUCUCAUGGCAGCAGCAGAUGUUCAACCCGACGAAAGACACCGGCAAGGACCACCAGGAGGAGCUCACCGGGGGGGACGCCUGCCGCAGUCGGGCCACCCUCCUGGCCUCCAUCAAGAAGAGGGGCUAUGAGCAGGAUCAGGGGGGCUCCAAGCCCAAAAGGCGCCGCCAAGAGGCGCCGAGCGCAGUGGAUCCGUCGGGCUCGGGGCCUGAGCAGCGGGGGCCCAGCAAGCCCGGCAGACCGCUCUCACUGAAGGCCCGCACCUUGAGAACUCUUGGAAGGAACUCUGAGAUGCAGGCCUGUCUCCAGAGCGCCCAUGACCUGGAGGUGGUGCCAGUGGGGUGGAAGAAGCAAUAAAAGCUCCAUGUGGGCGCUUAUUUGUCGGAUUGUUUUGAGAACUAGAA